AUGAUUGUUGAUUCCAAUGGGAUUGUGAUAAAUCUUAAGAAUAAACCUCUUGUUCGAGAACCUCAUUUGUAUACCUUAAUUGAUUCCACUAACCCAAAAGGACUCAUUCAAAGGUUACAAUUAAUUGGUUCUGUGUUAUCUUCUAUGCAUGUUCAUUGGGCUUCGAUGUUUAUCCUACCAGCUCGUGUUAUUAAGGAUUUGGAAAAACUAAUGCGAGCAUUCCUUUGGUGUCAAGGUCCAUUGGGAAAAGGUAAAGCAAAGGUUUCAUGGAAGUCUAUCUGUUUACCAAAAAAUGAAGGUGGGCUGGGUAUUAAGCAAAUUUUGGUGGUGAAUAAAUCUCUUAUGGCUAAACACAUAUGGAGUAUUAUUACUAACCGAGAAUCCUUAUGGGUUAAAUGGGUACAUUCGUAUAGGUUGCAAGGGUGGAGUUUUUGGGAUGUUCCUAUUAAAUCUGGGUGUAGUUGGGGAUGGAGAAAGCUCCUUAAUCUUCGAUCUGAAUUAAGGCAAUUUAUUCGUUCUAAGAUAGGAGAUGGUGCUUCCACUUCUGCAUGGGAUGCAAAUUGGAUCUGGUCGGUUGCUUGGUACACGCUGUUUCCUGUCUUGAUUAGCAUUCCUGUGAUUUCUCUUAGUUCGGUGCAAAAAGACUACAAAGAGCAGAAGGAGUCGGUGUUCUCUACUACUAUAGUAUGGGAUAGUUUUCGUGAUCUUCGUCCUGUAGUUCAUUGGGCUGCACUCGUAUGGUACUCGCAAUGCAUUCCCCGUCAUGCUUUCUUACUUUGGUUAGUUUUGGCUAGAAAGUUGAAGACCCAGGAUAAGAUGUUGAGUUGGGAUAAGAGUGGCAAUAUGAAUCUCCGCCUUCUUUGUUGUUCGCUUUGUAAACGAGGACCAGAUUCACAUGAGCACUUGUUUUUUGAUUGUGAUUUUUCUAAGCAGGAAAGGAAUAAACGAUUGUUCACUAAUGAAACUCGAUCUAUUGAAGUGAUGGUGAAAUUUAUUACAUCAACAGUCCGAAUGAGGUUGGCUACAUUGCGGUUUAAGAGGACACAUCAGGUGGAACGCAUCCUUAAGGAGUGGCAGUUACCGUGGGAGUCGCUACUUAUGCAGAAAGAUGGCCAUGUUGGAUGA